GGAAACAGGGUGGGCAGAGGAGUGGGGACUACCUGGAUCUGCCUAAUGCUGGGGCAGCUAGGGCUCAACACUUUCCCUUCCUUCUCUGUCAGACCACCAUCAUGGGAGAGUGACAGAGCUUGGAAAUUGGACAAUCAGCAGCGCAGGCACUGUGAUGCUGGAAUAUGCCUUUGCCCAGGAGGCAGGGAGCAGGCAGAGGAAGAGGGGCCUUGGGAACUGCUCCUGUGCUUCUCCUGUGCUGCCGAGGGCACCCACCGGGGCUGCUCCUGCAUGAGGACCAUCUCAACCCACUGGGAAUGCAAUGACUGUGCUGGCCAGGGCACAGCCUCCCAUGACAAUUCAGAGGUCGACAAUCCCUGCACUGCCAGUCCUGCAGUGCCAGAGCUGUCCCCCAGCACUGUGGUGGUUGAGAUGGACAGACGCUCCCAGUCAGGGCCAAUCCGUAUGCGGCACAUCCUGCGGCAACAACGGCGGGCACGAGAACCAUACCACCAGCCUGAAAAAUACCGCAGGACCAGCCUUCGCCAGUCUAGACUGCUGAGACCAGCAGCCCCAGCACUGCCAGUCAGGUGGUGUCAUGCCUGUCCCAAGGCAUCUGGGUGGUCAAGAGGGAGAGAUGUUCCCAGCCUGGACCCAUCUGGAUCCAGCAUGCCCAAUGGCAACAACAGCAGAAGUAAAAACCCUACAGCCAGCCUGGAGCAAACUGCUGAUUGGUCCUGCUCCAGCCUCAAAUGCUGUUCCCAUCACCCAUCACAAUAAAAUUGUCUGUUCUUCUGCA